UUUUCAACACCAGCUGUGAAAUUACCCCCACCCUACCACAUCGUUGAAGAAUAAUGGUGGAUAUCCUGGGCAAUUGUGCAUUAUUGUGGUGGAUAUCUUGGUCAAAAUGUGCAAUACUACGAGGGAUGCCAACAAGGGGCAAAUGUGCAAUAUCAGAAGUUAAUGUGGAAUAUAAGCAGCAGUCAGCAUCCAAAGGUAAAGACAGGGAUUAAGGUAUGUUGAAUCGUGAUCUAUAUCUCAAUUUGAUGUGAAAUUUUGAUAUUUUAUAGCGAGUUGAAGUGUUAGAAGAACUUCUUGUCGAAGUUGAUGACGGCAAGUCGCUGCGCAUUCGUUUUUUUCUGGCAUAAAGAUACUAUGAAUGCCGGUUUAAUCCCAUUGAGUUGGAGCACUCUCCCCCUGACGAGUAAAAUCAUCUGGCAUUAGACAGAGUAAAAUAAAAAGUGGGUGCAUUGCCAUUUAAAGGGUUAAAUUAUAGUAGAGAGAUGAGUGCAUAAAGUAUUCUGGAGCUUAAUUUGUUUUAAAAUUUGUCAUUUUAUGUUUUGGAUAUGCAACGCCGUUCUUUCUGGUCGUCCUGUGUGUCGCUGGCAAACCUACACUCCCCACUGCGAUAGGCAGUCAAGUAUUUUUAACCUGCACAUUUUUGUUUUUAUUUCCCGUAUUUUUAUUUUUUAUGUUCAGAUAAAUAUCAUGACCCAUGACUUUAAGGCUGGAAGGACCCCACUCAACUGCAUGCCUUCCGAACGUAUGAGACUCCAUUUUACAUGCUACCAUUUUACCAGUACACGAAAUUUCAAAUUUAGGCGAGCGAUGCAUUUUCGAUUGAACCAAUUACUGUGGGCCCCUUGAAAAUUGCUAAAUUUUAAGAAUACAACACAAAACAACGUAUCACAAUACAAAACUACAGAAUACAAUGCAGUGCAACGCAAUGCAAUUUAAUGCAAUGCAACGCAACGCAAUCCGACGUGACGUACUUAUUGUAACGCAAUGCAGUGCAAAAGCAAUGCAAUUGAAUGCAGUGCAAUGCAAUGCAACGCGGUGCAAUAUCCAAAAAGAACAACAUUCAACUUCCAACACCAACACUAGUGCCUAUGUUAGUUUUAGUUACGAUGAAAGUGCCAUUCAGGGGUAUAAGUGUAUGAACGUUUUAUAAAAAUGUUCGGCCAGUAGUUUUACACAAGUAUAUAUAAAAUUUCUGUUGACUGUUAGAAUGGUAGCAGUUCUAAGUGGGGUUAACUUGCUAGGAUUUGCAUAUUUAAAUAUUUACAAGUGCAUUAGGUCUCUCUUAGGUUUUAGUUUAAGACCAACAUGAGCGAGUGAGAUAAACUCGCGUGCAACCUGCUUACAACUUACUUACAACCUUGUAAGCAGGUUGCAUGCGACAGUUUUAGGCAAAAGUUGUGUCGUGCAAAUCUGCUCUACCAAAUGAUCGAAUGAUCCAGAAGAAAAAAUUAUUUUAAAUUUAUUUUUUUAUAAAUAAAUAAAAAGCAUCCCAUUGACCUCCCCAUUGACCUUGUUACGACAUAGGAAGCGUCUUCAAUAAAAAGCGAAGUAUGCAACACACCUUAUAUAGAAUGAAACCGAAUAUCUAGUUUCAGGUUACCAACCACCCACUCAAAACAUGGCACCACCCCAAAUAUACUUAAUAAACCACUUAAACCCUUCAUCUGAGACAGUAUCAGACUCAAUGUGAAACAUUUCAGUUUUCAUGCGACUUUAUCAUUGUUUCAUAAAUAUAGUGUUGGAUUCAGAGUCGGGCAGGAAACAAAUAAGUAAGUUCAUUUUUCUAUGAUUUAUAAUUUUAUUUGGUUUAAUACUAUCAUAUCAUUCCAAGGAAAUGGUAUUCGUCCCUUUGUUUAUAAAAAUAUUUGCGGAAAGUGUAUUUGUAUUGUAUUAAAGUUGCAUUAUAAAACAUACUUACUGAUUCAAAUAAGAUCUAACAUUGAUAAGAAUCAUGUUUUUGAUUUCGAGAUUCACAAGUACGGCUAAGAUUCACAUUUCUUCAUCUUAUAAAGUUUCAUACUCGGUUUUAUAGUAUGUUAUAUGCAUUUUCCGGAAUCUUAUUGUUUAAAAAUAUACCUAGGGCUAUAAUAGGUAGGGUGCUAUAUAUAGCUACUUUUUUACAGUGAUACAUCUUAAAAAGUCUCUAUACCAGGGUAUAUAACCAACUACAACUAUACCCUUCCCGAUCGAAGCGCCUUCGCUCAAAACGUCGAAGUUCUAGAUCUUCUUGUAUUUUUCAGGUAGUUGAAUCCCUAUCGACCCGAAGCUUUCUUAUUUUUGUACGAGUUAAUUGAUCGAGCUUAAAUUUGUACUUUAAUUAAUUAUACUAUCACGUUCCAGAAUCUUUAGCUGCAGUGAUUUUACAAUGGUGUUUAUGAAAUCUGUAUAUAAACGAUAUACAGAUUGCAGUAUAUACAUGCUGCACAAAUGUCGUAUCUGUAUAUUAAUAUUUAUAUUUUGGUAAUACUAGGGUAAUACAUAAUGUUAAUAAUAGAAAAAAAAUUCAGGUAUUUUGUAGGUUCGUGAUAAUCUCAUUUUGCCCUUUGGAAACAUCACGUUUUAUUUAUCUUGCGAGAUUUACAUAAGAAGUCUAGCUUCCGGAAACAAACCUAGCCUCCCGGAAGUAAAGACGUUUCCUACCGAAGUUAGAAACGUAUUAGUGACGUUUUGACAACACGGACGGCAUGAGUAACGUCAGAAGACUGGGUCAAGGGUUGUGAUUGGUGGAAAACGUCAACUUUACUUCCGGUUGACGUCCGUGUUGUCAAAAACGUCACUUGCUUAAGCUCACUAUUAGGUUUCACAAGACUGACGUUUUUAUGAAAACAAUAUGUUUCCUAGUUGGACCAGUUUCCUGGUUUGCCAACUUUCGCGAAACAUGGCUACGAAACAGUGUUUCUUGAUUUGUUUGUUCACCUUCGGGAAACAAAGCUUCCUGGUUUGAUUAGAGAUUUGCUCAAGAAAAGAGAAACAUGGCUACAAUCGUCCACAAAAUAUUUGAGACAAACCCCCCUCCUCUCAUUUCAAUGUUGCUUUGUGCUGUAAAAUUAUUUUAUUCUAAUAUCAUGCAUUAGUUUUUGUAUGCCGAUGGGGCAGUUGUUGGGUCACGUGACAUUUCUGUCAGGAAGAUAAUUGCAUUUCAAUAUUUGAACAGGGGGGGAGUGGAUUCCAAAAGUCUCAAUAUAUUUCGUGGAAGAUUGUAGGAAACAAUGGCUAUGAACAAUGUUUUGCAAACUAAUUCCUUGUACGCCCAGGCUUUAACCCAAGAAUGGAAUUUGUCCUCAGGUACUACCAAAAUAAACCAACUGUUAUUACGUACUGACUUUAUUGCCUUGCUAUUUUUUCCAGGUAUACAAUCAGCCUGGGCUAUUACAGUGUAUAAGCCAGGUCUCAAAGAUAUCCCACAAUGGCACUGUGCGCGUUGCAGUUGGAAGAUGAAUGUCAUGGAAUUGACUCAAUACCCAACAUGUCCUACCUUACCAUGUCUAUUGCAUUCCUCUUAAUGAUCCUAAAUAUCCCUGGGAACCUCCUAGAGAUCCUCGCUGUAGCCCUGGAUCCUUACAAGAAACUUCGUACUCCUUUCAACUUCAUGAUGACAAACCUCGCGGUCGCGGACUUGGUCGUGGGGAUUGUGACCGAGCCUGUGGCUAUUUAUAUUCACUGGAAAGAAGGGAUGGGUGAGCACGUGACACUAGGGGAAUUGCGUGUUCUUUUCAUGUCAUAUUUUAUCUCUUGUACAGCAUCAUUGCUCAGCCUGGCGACUUUAGCUGUAGAGAGAUAUCUUGCUAUCAGGUGAGGGCAGCGAAAUUUGGUAUAUCAGUCAACGGUCAAUUUAAGAACACGUGAAAAAAAAUCACUAUCCGAUGGAUGGCCAGGAUUCGUACAGCUUCGUCCGCUUGGAUUUCAAAAACUUUUUCAAAACUUGCCAUAGCUCUUACAUUAAAAUUUCCAAAACCAACACCAAGUAACAGAAAAUAGACUUUUGAUUUUCGUGACAAUAGAUUUCCAAAACUUUCCAGGCCUUGGAAAGCACCUCAACCAAUUUCCCAAAUUUUCCAAAGCCCAUAGGAACCCCUGCGCUAUCCAGCUUUCGUAGAACCGAGUAAAAUCCUGAAUCCAGAGCAUGCCCGUUCGCAGGUUAGGGCCCAACCUGCAAACGGGCAUGCCUGGGUUCGAGAUUGAACCGAGCCCUAAAGUUAACAGCAUCUGUUAAGUCACAGAGUAAUUACAUACAGGGAUCUCACUUCCGGUUAAUUUAGCGUAAGGGAUUUUUUCAGUCCGCCAUGUUCUUAGCAAGCGCCUUAAAGAGAGGCAGUCACCCCCCUGAAAACAGAUUGAAAUUUAAUGUUCCAGGGGGUGAAUGCCUCUCUUUAGAGCACUUGACAAGAACCUUUAUAGUUUAUACGGUUUUCCCACAGAAGUGAGAGCUCUGUAUGUACUUACUCUGUGGCUGCAUGAUAACGCUCAGUAACUCACGUGAUUUAUCUACUUCAGGUACCCCUAUAUCUACAAGAACCAGCUGACGAAAAGGCAAGUACUCCGCGCAGCCAUCGGCAUAUGGACAAUCUCUAUCGCUCUAUCGUGCAUAUACUUUAAAGUUGGAUAUGUAACGUACGCUUUUAUCUUCGCCAACACCGCAAUUGUGAUAACGAUUACUAUCAUAUGUUUCAUGUACUAUCUAAUGUAUCGUGCUCUGAAGAUGCGAACAAGAAGUGACACGCCCGUCACGAUAGUUGACAAUGGAACACCAGAAAGCCAUGCUCAAAGUACUGUUGUAGAAAAUGGAAACGCAUUGACAGAGUAUCAAAAUGAGAGAGGUGAAAGUACAUCGCCAGCAAACCAAAAUACAACAGUACAUCAAAAUGCACCCUCAAAGUCUCACCAGCAAAAUAAUUCUGCAGAAAAUGGUGUCCCUGAAAGCCAUUCUCAAAAUGAACAUGAAAAUACACCUCCACCUCCAGAGAGUUACCAAAAUACAGCAGAAGAUUUGAAAAUAAUCCCAGAACAAAACGCAGGGGAACACGAAAAUGCAACUCCUGAAAAUCACCAAUCUCGAAUAUAUAUAACAUUGGAACAGAGGUUAACCAAACGUUUCCUCGUGGUUUUGAUGGCCUUACUUCUUUGCUACGGUCCCAGCACCAUCUUGAUCUACGCCAUGACAUUCUGUGCAUCCUGUAGUUGCACCACGCUGCAUUGGUUGAGAGAUUUACAGUUCUUGUUCGUGAUUGCAAACUCGAGUGUGAAUUUUUUCGCUUACGGAUUGAGAUCGUCAAGAUUUCGGAAAGCAUUCGCGAAGAUUUUGAGAAUAAAGACGAGAGAACGUUCGCUUGCAACCGUGGGCAGGAUAGCUGAUUCUUCCACUGAUAUUAUGAAUGUAUGAACAGAUUAUUUUCACUAAUUAUAAUUAAAACGUUCAUAUCACUAAUUCAUCGUGAGGCCAGUUGUAUAAAAAAGUAGAUAAAGAUACGUAAUUACCGUACCUUGGUAUGUCUAUGUAUUUAUGGUGAAAUACGGAUUGUAAUUUUCUUUUAUUUACUUGUAUAUUUAUACCUUAUUUUCUUACAUGCUAAUUUUGUAAAUAAAUAAUUCGUGAUAAUAAUAAAACUAUGGAG